AUGGAUAACAUAGAAGGGACCGAAUGGCUGGUCCUAAUAUCCAUGAUGAUCAACUUGCUAAUGGCUCCCGGGACAAAAGUAGAGGAAAGUUUCAAUGUUCAAGCCACACAUGAUCUCAUUUACAACUCGUAUAACUUGAGCAACUAUGACCAUAAUGAUUUUCCUGGAGUUGUGCCAAGAACAUUUGCCGGACCCUUAUAUUUGGCUUCGUUCGGCAUUCCCCUCAGAAUCAUCAUGUAUCUGGGAACUAUACCCAAGUUUUGGAUGUUGUUCUUCAUUCGAUUCGUACUGGGAGCAACCAAUGUUCUAGCCUUCUUGAACUUUGCCCGUUGCAUUAGGAAACAUUUCGGAGAAGAAGCUGCCACGUUCCUAAGAAUCAUCGUAGCUUCCCAAUUCCAUUUCAUAUUUUACUGCUCCAGGCCUCUGCCUAAUACUUUUGCUUUAGUUUUUGCUCUGGUAGUUUAUCAAAGAAUCCUUGAUGAACGCUAUGAGUCUGCAGUCAGAUGGGCUACAACUGCCACGAUCCUUUUCAGGUGUGAACUCGUCCUUCUGUUUGGUCCCAUGUUUAUUCCCAUCAUUUUAUCUGGAAAACUCCCUUUGUUUGGAUUUCAGGGAGCUUUGUUCACAGGCUUAAAAGCAGCUCUGAAAGCUUUGUUCAUAACUGUUCCGAUCGAUUCUCUUUUAUGGGGAAAACUCACAUGGCCAGAAGCCGAAGUAGCUUGGUUUAAUAUAUUUUUGAACAAAAGUCAUGAAUAUGGGGUUCAACCUUUCUUCUGGUAUUUCUAUAGUGCUUUACCAAGAGCACUCUUGGCAUCUACUUUUCUCAUCAUAUUAGGUCCUUUGGUAGACCGUCGACUCGUGCGUAUUUUGUACCCAACCCUGUGUUUUGUCCUUCUUUACAGUUUUCUCCCUCACAAAGAGCUCAGAUUCAUCAUUUAUGCAUUCCCUAUGCUGAACGUUUCAGCAGCUGUGUUCUGGGCUAGAAUGUACAUUAAUCGUAGUAAAUCUUGGCUUAGAUUAUUUUUGUAUUGGGGAUGCUUAUUGCAUUUGUUUGCCAAUAUAAUUGCGACUGGUGUGUUCAUUUACACAGCCUCAAGAAACUAUCCUGGAGGAGAUGCGAUAGGCCAUCUGCAGUGGACUCAACGAAUCGAUGGUAACAAACCGAUGACUAUGUACAUCGACAACGCUUGCGCUCAAACGGGUGUGAAUCGCUUCAUGCAGCUAUACGAUACCUGGGAAUACAACAAAACAGAAUCUUUGAAGCCUGAGGAUAUGGAAAGAUUCGACUUUCUUCUUAUUGGAACUUACGGAUCUAACUUGAAAGAAAUGGUUAUGAAGAACUAUACCACAUGGCAUCGAGUUAUGUUUGCUGUUUCGUCUUUCCAUAGAUUUUCGUUGAAGAAAACAAGCGGGUUCCCAUAUUAUUUCCCUGAGUUGCAAUUCAAGGAAAAGGUGGCAGUUUUGCGAAAGAAAUAA